UCUCUGCCGUUGGCGUUUGCUCCAUAUGAAUGACAACCGUUCGUGUCCAUCAAGCGCACCGCACCAGUCGAGUUCGUGAAUCUUCUCCGUGCGGUUGUUGUUCGUUCGAGCCGUGCCCGGUCGAGACUCGGUGAGUCGGUUUGCUGUAUUGGUGUGCGGUGUGGAAAAGUGACCACGCGAUCGGUGAGAAAAAAAGCGAAAAAAUACCAUCGAAAAAGGUGAAAAAUAUCGAUUUGGUGGCGCUAAGCACUUAUCACGGUUUCCUGAAAGUACGGAACGGCAGUUACCGUCAGGAUUAAGAGGAAUAUCAUCUGGUUGACAGUGAAAACAAGGUGACAACUCGCUCCAGAAGGUGUGAUUUUCUUUCCGAUAUGGGAUUCCUUUCGUGGGUGUAAAUCGUCGUGAGUGGCCUCAGCAGUGUAUCGUAUUGAAUACAAAGUUUAAUUCCACCAGCCAAGAGGCCAAGGGGAAAGUGUCGGCAGUGAGUGCCCUUCUCCGAUUAGUGCCGUAGCGGUGUUUACUCGUUUUUUUGUCUUGCUGGUAUCUUGCGCUGGAUGUGUUCAGAGAUCAUCCUAUCAGCCCUAUCAGUGCAGUGGUGUUGGAAUUGCCUCGUAAAUAAUUGGAUAAAUUUAUCUGUUUGAAGUACAUUCCCGUGUACCGCAACCCGGAGAAAACGCAACUGCAAUGGAUCUGCUGCAUUUGGUUUCGGACACAUUUUGGUCGACAAAAAUUUGGUUGCCACCGAACGUCACCUGGGACGACAUCCGACCGGGAGUACGACCGGAUGUGAAUCAUGCCGACUAUCGGCACCUCGUUUAUCCCCUUCCUCUGGCAGCAAUCAUCUUCGUGAUAAGGAUUCUCGUUGAGCGACAUUGGAUCUCACCAAUCGGCAAAGCGCUCGGUAUCAAAAGCACAGGACCCAAACCUCCCAUACCAAAUAAAGAGCUGGAGUCAGCUUACAAUGCCAACAGUCGAUUAAGUCAUAAAACCACCGUCAAUCUAACCAAGCAAACCGACUUGAGCGAACGACAAAUCGAACGGUGGUGGCGCCGGCGGAGAGCGCAAGACAAACCAACCACGCUGGUGAAAUUCUGCGAGAACUCGUGGCGAUGCAUCUACUACACGUACAGCUUCAUCUUCGGGUGCAUCGUCAUGUGGGACAAACCGUGGCUGUGGGACAUCAAGAACUGCUGGUACGGUUACCCACACCAAUCGGUUACCAAUGACAUCUGGUGGUACUACAUGAUCUCGAUGGCCUUCUACUGGUCCCUGACCGCAUCGCAGUUCGUCGACGUCAAGCGGAAGGACUUCUGGCAGAUGUUCGUCCACCAUAUGAUCACCAUCGUACUGAUAGCGCUGAGCUGGGUGUGCAACCUGCAUCGGGUUGGUUCGCUGGUGCUUCUGGUGCAUGACUGUGCUGAUAUUUUCUUGGAGGCUGCCAAGAUUACAAAGUACGCCCAGUAUCAGAAGGUGUGCGAUACCAUCUUUGCCGUCUUCACGGUGGUGUGGAUCGUCACCCGCUUGGUGCUGUACCCACGCAUUAUCUACAGCUCUUCGGUGGAGGCGCCCAGCAUAUUGCCCAUGUUCCCCGCUUACUACAUUUUCAACACGUUGUUGAUUCUGCUGCUCGUAUUACACAUUGGCUGGACGUAUCUAAUCAUCCAAAUCGCCGUGAAGGCAAUUCGGUCGGGGCAGAUGGAAGGUGACGUUCGGUCAAGCUCCAGUGAUGAACUGUCCGACAGUUCGGAAAAUGCCCGGCCUAUCGUAGCCAACGGCACUCCAAAGAAGCAAACGAGGCCUUCCCCGUUGAAGAAGGCCGGGUCGAAGCCAUCUUCCCCGAAAAAGAUAAGCAAAUAGGCAUCCUUUUAGUAACCACUUCUGACGGACACUGCAGCUGGAAAAUAUCCUAUAACUAUAGAACUGGAAUAAGCUAAAUAGAUAGAAAAGGGACUUGUAUUUGCUGUGCAUGCGGAUCUCUAGUUAAAGAAAGUGUACGCGAUUUAUUUAGGGAAGAGAAAUAAAAAAACCGAAGAAAUAUUCUAAGGUUUAAUGAACAAAAUAGAGAUAGGUGAGUUUGUGGAAGAAGUGUGAAGUGCGAAUUCUAACUACUGCUGCAUGUGUCUAGGAUAAAUCACUGGAAACAUAUUUUAGAAUCGUCUUUUGCUAUGGAUAUAUUAUACCUAUUUAUUAAUUUAGAAAGAGAGCUAAUCCGAAGUGCAGCGAUGAAACCGAACAUGGGAACUAUUUUAUUCGGUCUUUGUGGACAUGGUUCACGGUUAAAGUUUUUUCGUGGUAAUCUCUAUGAAUGGAGAUAAUCAAAAUAACAGAUAGUGUGCAAAACAUAGUCAGCUAGCGAAAGAGAACGUUAAAUAUCGAGGCGAAGACUUGAUAAAACUGUCCUAGACAAUUCAACCUUAACUACCAUUCUAUCUACUUUUGCUAUUAUAUCACACAACAACAUUCCCGGUCUCGGAUGUUAGUUCUCGUUUACGUACGUACCAAGACAUCAUCGUUAGUAAUGUUCAUUUUUCUUAUGAAGAAUUGUCUGGAAAUUGUGUAGCGGCUUGUAUUUGCCACAAGUCCUAACGACAAGAAAUACUCUUCAGGAAUCAAUCAAAGGUAAAUCACGCUUACGAGCUUCAUACACCAUUAAACAACCAACAGAUAUAGUCCAAUUGAAAUCGAAGCCCGUAAUGUAAGUAAAUAAACAAUCAACGUUUUGCUCUGUGUUCCGGAAUUAUUAGCAAGUUGAACGUUAAACAACACUCCUAUUUCAUCGUCUUUCCUUUUGUGCAAAAAAUUGAAAUGGGAAGUUGUAAAUUCAUUGAAAUGUUCAUCUCCUGCAUUAAUGGACCAAUUUCAACCUUUCAGUUUUAUUAAAGGAUAUUUGAUUCUCACCUUCUUUUCACUAUUAGCUUUCAUGAAGGAUUUCAAAUAGUUCAACGACGACGAUUUCUACUUAGCGAUUAGUUGUAAUCUUGCUAAGAGAAGUACGAACCUUACUAUUUUUAUACUUAACGAGUAGUUUUUAUUAGUUUUUGUUUAAAGAAAUGCAAGACUACGUCAAUUAUUGGCUACAUGAUUUUAAUUACCUAUGUAUACAAAAAAAUAUCUUUGAGGAAUAUCAAAAAUUGUUCUUAAAGAAUGUUGCAUACAUUUUAUCAUUAGAUUCUUUAAGAGAUUCAGAAUCGUAUUGUGAUUUUUAAUAUUUAUUCAGCGAAUCCGGGCUUUUCUUUAGAAAUUUAUAUUUUUGUCAGGAAUAAAUUUAUGGAUUUUCUUUAGCAUUUUUCCUCAUAAUUGUGUACAGCUCUUUUGAGCAUAUUGUUGUUGGAGUUCUUCCAGAGAUUUCCACAGGUUUUUUUUUCUCCAGCGUUUGCUGCAGCGAAUCCUUCUACAAAUAUUUUUUUUUAAUUUCUUCGUGUUUUGUUAAACCGAUCCAAAUAUUUUAAAACUAUUAUGUCUCCCCCUCCCUCGGUUUUUUUUACCCAAAAAUAAUAAUUUGAAGGGGUAACAAUUAAAGUUUCGGAAAUUUUUUAAGAAUUUUCAAAACAUUCUUUACCAAAUCCGAGGAGUUUUUUAUUUUUUAUUUUUAUAUUAUUUUUUUUAAUUUUCCAACCCCUCCCUCUUGACGUUUCGAGGAGCAGUAGGACGUAUUUUCUAUUAAAGAUUUGUAACGGUCCAAUCGAUUUAUUUUAAAACUUAUCUAUGGGUCCUUUCAUUUUUUUAAAAUAAUUCCUGCAUUCCUGUCAAAAAAUGUAUCUUGUUUUAUUGUCUCAAUCGAUUCCUUGGCUUAUUUAAGAUCAACUUUUCCAAAGAAUACAUAUUUUUUAAGCCUCUAACUAUUUUUAAAAUCGAAAACAAAAACCGAAAAAGUGCGGCACGUGUGAACCGGCCUGAAAAAUACAGAUGUUCGUUCAAAAUUAGGCUAAUCUUAAAAAAAAACAGCACUUUUUCGAUUUUUGUUUUAAAUUUUAAAAAUACUUAGAGGCGUCAAAAAAUAUGGGUUCUUUGGAAAAAUUGACCUUGCCAAAGAAUCGAUUGAGCGAAUAAAAAUUGUUGACGGGAAAGGUCAAUUGUUUCGCUUUUGUUUAAAAUUGGUUCUGAAACGCAAGAGAUGUAAACAUUUAAUGGUUUUAUGAUUGCGCAUAUUGGUAGCGGAUGCACCAAAUUGGAGGCACAAAACAUAGUUCGUAUGAAAACUACGAUUUUGUAUCCGUUGUACAUUUUAAGCUAUGUGUAUUAAAACCCGACAUUUGGAUCCCCUACCAAGUUACCCUCAUAGUUCCCAGAACAAAGUUUGUAUAGCAUAACCAAUUUACCAUCCGGAAGUAAAUGUAUAAACAUAUUUAUGUUCAGAUGAACAGUCACACAAAACAUGAUAAUAUUAUCAUCAACAAAUACCUACUCCAUUGCGAAGAAUGCCUUUUAAAUAACAAUACUAAGAUGUUGUGUUUUCUGUUUUAUUAUGUUAGUUCGUCAAAAAAACUAUUGUUAAUUUUGCCUCAGCUACUUCAAAGCUACGUCACAUAUUUUAUUGCCUUCCAAAGAAACAAAGAAAUCAUGCUAGAAACCAUUUAGAAGUAAGAUUGGAAACAAAUAUGGCGAAACCUUUGGCGUUUUCAGCAGUAAAAUCGUGUAAGGUGUAGUUUUAAUCAAAUUAUGGUGAAUUUGUUUUCAGAGUACCAGCCUAGUGACUAAUGGUUAGGACUUUGUAAUAAACGUAAGCGUUAGGUUAAAUAAUGGAAUAUAGAUAAAACAAAAAAACGGUCGCUUUUCGGAUGCUAAUAAAGCAUUCUCCAGUAGGUGCAGCUUACACAGGUUCUGCAUUUAGGCCCACGCAAGGUGAACUAGGCGAUGCGAAAGACGUAUUUUGAGUUUUUAAAAAAGUUGCCGUUUAUCCAUGCUAUAUUAUUUCGUUUUUUUUUUGUUAGAAUCAUUAUCACUGUAAUGCUUAUAUAAAUGGUAAGAUUACUAAAAGAAAUGGUGUUCACUUUUGUUUGUCCGUUCAAAGCAUAAUCAUCACCUUUUGUACAUUGGUUACAAAUCUAGGUCCGGUCCAAAAUGUUAAUUUUUUAGAGAGAUUUCAAAAGUGAUUAAUCUUAUAAAACCAUUCACUAAAUAACUGUA